UAUCAAUCUUCGUCACAGAUAGUGCAUUAGGAAACAAAAGACUGAGUGCUAAUGUGUUUUUAUUAAAAUUAAAAUUGAAUUUAAAUUAUGUGUUCCAAAGUGUGUUUGUGUUAAAAAGUGUUUCACCAUAUUUUUCUGUGUUUUUGCAACAAGUAAGUGGUGUUUUGUGUUCUUUUCGCUUUUAUGUGCCACGUAGGCGUGAUUUUGGUUAAGAAAGUUGGAAGUUUCGGUUUUCAAAGUUCUGUGUAAUAUGAACCAUGAUACCCCACGUGGAUGGACGUAAGGACGAACAGGAGGAGGACCACAUACCUUUUGCAAUUGAUAGUCCAAAAAAUGUAAAAUGGUACGACCUAAUCCUUCUCAACAGACCUUUGAGGAUAGUGGUGGUAGUGCUCAUAGUAGCAAUAGUACUGCCAGUGUUGAUGUACCGGUACAUCUUCUUCCCAACACUUGAGCUAGCCCCAACAGAUGGCUUAUCAAUGGGCUCCUGUGUAGUAGCAAGAGACGCAAGACUUCCAUGCGGCAAAGAAUCGGUACCACUUGAAGAAUGCCAUCCACAAUGCUGUUACGACCACAGCAACAACUUAUGUUACCACCGAUACCCCGCGAGAUUCUCCUACCUUCUUCGAGAAGAGUGGGCAGAACGCGUGAACAUGACACCACGAAGUCUAUCCCUACCGUACGGUUCAAGUUCAAGCAUCAGAAACAUCAGGCUGUCCAUCAACGAGGUGUCAGCUUCCCAUCUCACGUUAACCUUCCAUCACUCCGUUGACAUAAUAGGCAGAAGGAUUCAUGAGAAGAAUUACAACUAUGAAGUCAUGCGUCCAGAACUAAACAUUAUCGUUAGUUCGGAUCAAGGAGUCAUUUUUAAUACAGCCCGGGGACCUUUGAUAGCGUCAGAGAAUAUUUGGGAAUUGACUUUCAAACUCACAGAUGACACACUUUAUGGGUUGGGCGAAAUUCCCUUGGAACCUGGUACUGUGAAGGUUAUUUAUAAUCAUAAAGGAGGGAUCAGUUCCAUUCCUUUAAUCUUUGCUAAAUUAAAUGGUUCGUACCAUGGACUCUUGAUAGAUACAAUGGCACCAACAGAAGUGAUUGUGAGAAGAGACAAUCAGUUGGUCCUUCGCAGUUUAACAGAUUUUGGCCUAAAAUUGCAUUUGUUCGUUGGCCCUGAACCUGCGGAUAUAAUGAGGGAUGUAAUGAAGACUAUAAAAGUUAAGAAAAACUUGGAGUAUUGGAUGUUAGGUGCACAUAUUUGUAGGGAAGCAGUACAUGAUGAUCCUUUGGAAGACCUAAAAACGUUCCUACGAACUGCCAGUUUCCAAGAGAUACCUUUUGACAGCCACUGUGGUUCCUUACCUAUCGUGUUUGACACACAAUGUAACUCCGACAUGGUGAAUAUGGUCAACAAAGGCGCACAUCUAGUCAAAAGUGGUGGAAAGAAGUAUAUACCCCAAAUUUCGCCUUACAUAAAAUACAUGCCACCGCCAUCAGCAGACAUCGAUGACGAUGAUAAUCCAACAGAAAGCACAAACCCAAAACAACCUAAAACAACGACAAUGGUAGAAGACCGAUGUUUUGAUGACGAGAAAUUCGACCAGUAUAUCAUCAGAGAUCCUGACUCCUUAUACCCUUACAAAGGCAAAGCCAAUGGUUAUGAUGUUAUCUAUCCUGGAUUCUCAAGAGGCAGUGAUGACUUCAUGAAUGCUAUAUGGAAUUUCAACACAGAUUUCGAUGGCAUCAUCUUGGAAAACAGCUGGCCAUUGGACGAACAUGAAAAGGAUUUUGAGGGUAUGGAGGACUAUUUGCCGUAUUUCAGUGGUAGUUUGGAAGACGCCUUCCAUUUGGUACCUCAAUGGAAUGCUACACGUCCCGUCCGAGCCCUUGGGCGGGCACCGGGUGACGCAGUCUUUCCAGGCCAGACGUACUUCAAGACACACAACGAUUACGGCAAUCGAUUCUCCUCUGCAUUCAGGGUGAUCAAAGGCUCUGUCCCAACAUACAGCUCAAGUACAUGGAUGAACGGAGAAGUAAUCAUAAACAGACAAGGUGUACCAACCUCAUGGACACAUCUGCGCAAGGAACUUGUUGAAGCAAGUUUGGGAGGUAUUUCUGGCCAAUGGUACUGGUCAUCUCCCAUUUGCGGGGACACUGAUGAUUUUGACAAGAGUUACCAAACCAGGCUAUGCGCCAAAUGGUAUAUGGCAGCCACAUAUAUGCCAAUGAUUAGGAUACACUCGAAAAUACACGAAAGAGAUCCUCUAGGCUUUGUUGGUAUAGACAGAAAACAUAUGAUAAAAGCGUUGAAUAGGCGCCUUAGUCUGCUGCCAUAUUUCUAUACAACUCUGCAAGAAGGACCUCUGUUACGACCGAUGUUCUUCCAAUACCCUUCGGUUGAAGAACUCACAGAUUUGACGACGCAGUUCGCAGUUGGAAAUGAUUUGUUAAUCGUACCGAACUUGCAACCGAUGCAGACACAUGUCCAUGUGAGGAUGCCACCAGGCACGUGGUACGAAUUCUGGAGUGGUUUGGAAAUAUUUGGAGGGGUUGGAGAAGCUGUUACUAUGACUACCACAGAAGCAGACUUCUUUUCUCUAGUGCGCGGCGGUUCCAUCAUUGUCAUGCAAAAGGAGUCGCACCUGACAGCUGAAAUGACACGUUUAAAUUCAAGAUACUCACUUCUUGUAGCACUCGACUGUGACAUAACCCUCACUACACCUAGUGACGAUGAAAAAUUGACAACGGAUUCUCUAACGUCGACUGACGAUGACAACACAUCUGAAGACAAAGAGAUUACCAGCACAACAACUCGCGAAGAAGGUGCAGCAGAAAAAGGAAAUGGACAGACUGAUGAUGGGGACAGCAGCUCACAAAGUGAAGAACAAACAGUAAAAACAUGUGAAGCUACUGGCAAACUCUUCAUGACUGAUAAAAUGAGCAUUAUAAUCAAGGCUACUGCUAGAACAGUCACGAUCACCGCUUCAGGGAAAGACUUUUCAGUAUUCUGCGAUUCUAGUGACGCUAUCUGGGCUAAAACUGUUAAUGAAAUCAUAGUAUUCGGUUUGGAUGAUGAAAAAAAUAAUUAUGAUGAAUCGAGAGUUGUUAAGGUGACAAUAGAUUUGUGCGACCUGAUGGUUAAAGAUGAACUUACGUAUCGUUUUCUAGCAAAUUAAAUGGCAAUGAAUUUGUUUACAUUUUUGGUUUGUUCCCAAGGAGAUAAUCAAGCACUUGUGUAUUCGCUUUUGUAAUUACUUUAUUGGUACGGUAUAUUAUGUACUUGUAGUCCCAAACACAAGAGCAAAAUAUGACACCUGCAGAAUUUUACAUGUUAUUUGAUUAUAAGGUCUCCAAGACUCUGUAUACCGUAAAACUACCCUCUUUUUGAAGAAAUUAAUGAAAGAACAUGUAUUGUCCACCUUCCUUAUUUGUUCUUUAUCUUAAGGGAACAAGCCCUAUAGUAACAGCUUCUUUUAGCAAGUAAGUCUGACUUUAUAGCACUUUCAGCUUUAUUUCUAUUUCUCAAUGUUUUUAUUAUACGUAUUAUUAUAAAAAUACAACAA